UCUAUAAAUUUUAUUCAUGUUUAUUUUAUCUUCGAAAUUUUCGUUUAAUGCGAUUGGACUGUUGUACAUGAGUUGAAGUCGCAGGGACGAAGAAAACCAGCAAAUCAAACCCACAAAGAAGAAGAAAUUUCCGGAAAAAAAAAAAAAAAAAAACCCCCACAAAGAAGAAGGGCCAAAAGAAUCAAUGGCUGUUUCCUCUCUGUCCAACUUCCUCUUGUCUCUCUCCCUUUCAGAACCAACGCCAACCCCUUCUCUCUCCUCUUCCUCUCUCCUCUCUCUCUCCUCCUCCUCAUCGUCGUCGUCAAAAGCAACCACCAUCACUCCUGCAUUGUCUCUGACUCUCAAAGACAGAGAUGGGUUGGUCCCAGUAAUUCCCAACCAACAUCAAUCUUCUGAUUUUCUCUCAGUGGUGUGUCCUUCACUGGCUUUCGCAAAUACCCUUUUCUUCAAAUCGGCGUACAACGUUCAGGUCAUAGUCGGCGAGAACGAGCACGAAGAGAAGCUGAUCGGUCGGUUUCGCAGGGAGGUAUUGAGGGCUGGUGUCAUCCAAGAAUGUAAGCGAAGGAGGUUCUUCGAGACUAAGCGGGAAGCGAAGAAGAGGAAGACUCGUGAGGCUGCUAAGCGCAAUCGCAAAAGGCGCCCACUAGCAAAAGCUCCGCAACAGGACAAGCAGGGAGGCACAAAGAAGGACGACGACGACGACGACGAAAAGGAUAACUGGGAAUUCAUUGAUGUAGACCUCCCCUAUCUGUGAAAGGAAUAGAGACAAUGCUGUACUGGAAAUGCCGAGAAUAUAAAGCGGAUUCUUGAUAUUUUUGGUUUUGGGUUUUACCGUUCUGGAGGUGUAGAGAGUAGAGACUACCGUGCAGCAUAACACACCAUUUUUGCAUAUACUAACUAUACUUUCUUGUGAAUGUAUGUUUUGCUACAUUGUUCAACAGUGUAGCUAGUAGCUACUAAUUAGUGGAAGAAGUUCUAUUUGCUUGAGCUACUUGAUUGCUCUUAUAGUUUAUUAGUGAAACUUUAGACAGCUGCUGAAAAAUGGCUUCCUGAGCAAAAAAAAAAUGUUAUUGCAAUUACGUUUUACCACUUCAUACGACUUCACUUUGUGGGGGGUUGACCAAUAAAAAGAACAUGAACGUCGAAGCAAAGUAGCUUUGAGGUUCUACCAUAUAUUGAGAUUUUGAUUCUUGGUCUGCUUAUUAAGAUUGUGAUAAUCUUAUGGAAGUCCAGGAGAUGGUAGGACUGAAGUUGAGAUUGAUAGAGAGGGAUGUACAAGAAUGGCUAUCAAAAUUUGCAUUUAUAAGCAAAUUCUGACAGAAGACAGUUCAAUACAUUUGGUUGAUGGUAUAGAAUUUUUAUUACUCUCUAAAAGUUUCUUUUUUGUUACUA